ACUACUACUACUUUUUUACUCUAUUCUGUGUCAGGCUCUCACUGAAUAUAAAAUUGAUUCCUCUCUUCCAGAACAAACCCCUUUUUCAGUUCUCACUCUCCAGCCUCUACCCUUUCUUUUACCCCCCACCCUCCCAACAAAUAUUUUUUGUCUCUUUCCUAAUAUCCCCACCCUCCGAAGUCUCCUCAGCACCUGCUAAAUCCAAGUACCAAUAUUCCACCCAUACUACCAGACAAGGCCAACUCAAAAUGUCCUCGGAAACCGGUGACCCACGGCCGGCGAGGCUGUCAACCAUGGCAACGAGGCCAUCGGAGCCUGAGCACCUCCCAUGCCCCCGCUGCGACUCCACCAACACCAAGUUCUGUUACUACAACAACUACAACCUCUCUCAGCCCCGCCACUUCUGCAAAUCUUGCCGCCGUUACUGGACUCGCGGCGGAACCCUCCGCAACGUCCCCGUCGGCGGUGGCUCCCGCAAGUCUUCUUCCUCAUCCUCCUCCUCUAGCUCCUCUUCCAACAAACGUCCCCGCACCGCAUCCGGCACUAACAGCCCAACCGCCACCACUCCCACUGCGUCGUCUUCUUCUGAUAGUAUGGCCCAGGCCCACCAUCAUGAGCCGCCCCUGCAUGCGAACCCGGUAGCCAUGCUUCCCCAAAUGGGUUCCGGGUCAGGCCCCACGGCGGGUCACUUAAUGGGCUGCGAGGUGAACCUGAAUGAGGCCGUCCCAGAAGCUUCCAGCUUCAGUACUUUGCUGACCACCACGCCGGGCAACAUGUUCCCAUUCGGAGGCGGAUACGGGCUCGGGCUCGGGCCGGGCCUGCAUGGUUUGGGAUUCGGGCUUGGGGGGAUGGACUGGCCCAUGGAGUCAGUCGUAGCGGGUCAAGGGAAUGGCGGCGGCGUGGGCGGAGCUGGAGUUGGAGUGGGAGGAGGGGAUGGGAUGAGUGAUGGUUCGGGCGCAGGGGGUUCUUCUUCGUCAGGGUGUAACAACACGUGGCAGAUGGGCAGUGGGGUUGAAGGCGGUUUAGCCGAGGGUGAUUGCUUUGGUUGGCCGGACCUGGCAAUAUCAAUGCCAGGCAAGGGUCUCAAGUGAAAAGAAAACCACUUACUUUUUUUAGUCUUUCGAGAGAAUGGACAAAAGAUAGGCUUUUUGUUGUAUUUUGUUUUUUUUUGGGCCUUGAGGAUCGAGUGGACUUACUUUUUGUUACUUGGCUUGUCGGUUCUUCUCCUCUCUCUCUCUCAGUGUCUUAGGUAUGGCCUUUUCGUUUGCGCCUUUGCGGUAGCUUAUGUAGUCUAGGAAUACACGUACUGAUUACUUAGUACUCCGGUAGUUAAAUAUGUACUAUUAGUAUAUGAUCUGCCUAUAUGGAUUUGAUGAUGAUCAGCAUUUUGGCAUUCGGCAAGCCACACAUUUCUGUCUUGGGCUUUGCUUUGUUUGAUAUAUUAACAAAAGGGUUUCUUGUAUACGUAUUGGGGUUGCAUUCUUUGGACGACAUGUAAGGAAACAAAACAAAGUAGUAGUAGUAGUAGAAGAUUUUCCGGGCCAGCCUUCUCGUUCUCUGAUUUUGAGUUGUUUUACUUUUUGUAGUUGCAUUUUUUUAGUAUCUGUUCAUUUGCACUUGUUCUUCCGGACUAGCUUAGAUUAGAUAGGGUCGAAUCUUUGACAGCCUCCGCAGGCGAUGGGUGUGAGUUAGGCUCCUUUUCGGUUGGGUCGGGUGUGAUGAUGGUAGCUAGUAGUAUUAGAUGUUCAUUAAUUCAAUCAGGUGCAUCCUCUUUUGUCUUUCACUGGUGUGCAUUUUGAAACUGAAAUCAUGUAACGAGGAGGGAAUAGGUAAAGGCUUGCCAUCUGCUGCCAUACUGUUAAUAACUGUCUACUACGACUGAACUCGAUCAUGAAAAAGGCUGAUAGGUUUGCAGCAAUGUGGAAUAGUGAGCCUAGUAUUGUCCGGGUGACUAUACAUAUAUACAUGGCUGAAUUGGUUCCGAAGCCUGAAAGCCUCA